CCUCCUGUGGAUCAAAGACUGCAACUCAUUAAACCCCUCCACACGGAGCCACCUGCACUGCACGCCAACGGGACUCCUUACCUCACCUUCCAGUUCCUGCAGGCUGGCGAUGCCGGGAACUACACCUGCACUCUCUACCUGAACAGCCACAGAAACGCCUCCUUCACCAUCAGGCUGACCAUGGAAGAUCUGUGCAGUGCGCCUCCCGAAGUCCUUGUCCCAUCCAGCAACCAGACUUUGGAGCCUGCCUUGGGAAGCCAGAUAACACUGAACUGCACUGUGCGGCUGCCCUCUCAGCAGCACUGCAACCCCGUCCUGCACUGGAUGAAAGAUGGCCACUGGCUAGGCGAUGAGAGCAGCCCAUACGCCAGCAAGGACAAAGUCUGGGUCGGUGAUAACGGAACAGAGACGUUCAUGUCCAGCCUUCUGGGGGUGAACCUGACAAGCGACGAGGACUACGGCGUGUUUGCCUGCUGGGUUAAGAAUACCACAGCCACUUUCACACUACAGAGAUCAGAAGCUGCUGGACAUGUGAGUGCAGUGCUGGCAGCCCUGUUUGUCCUGGGGCUGCUGUUGCUCAUGGCUGUGAUCUAUGUGAAGUGCCGCUUGAAUAUGCUGCUCUGGUACAGGAACCGUUAUGGGGAGCUGGAGAUCAAUGAUGGGAAGCUGUAUGAUGCAUACGUGUCUUAUGCAAACUCCCCGGAUGACAGGAAGUUUGUGAACUUCAUUAUGAAGCCGCAGCUGGAGAACCGUCAUGGCUACAAACUCUUCCUGGAUGAUAAGACCAUCCUGCCCAAUGCAGAGCCUUCAGCAGACCUGAUUAUGAACGUGAGCCGGUGCCGGCGCCUCAUUGUGGUUCUCUCGUAUGCAUACCUGGAGCAAGACUGGUGCAUCAACAACUUCAGGGACGGUCUGUUGAGACUGUUGGAACUGUCCCAAAGACCCAUCUUUGUCGCCUUUGAAAGCCAGUAUCGGAAGAUAGAGCAUCUAGCCAUUAACCUGCUGAAGCAGCAUAAGAAUGCUGUGACCUUACUGCUCUGGCGGGCUGGCUCAGUGACCCCGUCAUCAGAUUUCUGGAAAGAGCUGUGCCUGGCUCUGCCACGGAAGAUGUCAUACCAGGGGAUCAUGGCAGACCCUCAGACUCAGCUCCAGGAAGACAAGGACCCCAUGCUGAUUCUCCACAGCAGCGACCUGGAGUACCAAGGAGACCCCCAUCCUGACGGAGACCUGGGUGUCCGUGGGUCCAUUUUAAGGGGCCCUCCGCCCCCUCGAAUGACUGGCCCUAAUGGACCACCAGCGCUAGCAGCUGGCAUCACUGACGAAGUGCAGCUGGAAGAGGGCCAGAGGAGCGAAAUAGACAUCUCUGACCUGGGGUCACGCAACUACGGAGCAAGGACAGACUUCUACUGCCUCGUGACCGAAGACGACCUCUGAGAGGGAGAGCAGAGACGGUGGGAUUAUUGCUCCCGUGGGACUGUCCAUCUUGGUGUCCCUUUAGAAGGAAGUGCUGCUCAGCUAGUUUCUUUAACCCAGAGACCUGGGCAGGUCUUCAGCACUCCCAUUCCUGGGUGUUCUCUAUGGGGAAGCCAAGGCAGGGAAAAGGGCUGACUUUUUACCCACCCACUGGAGCCUUACAGUCCCCUUUAAAUGCUGGGGAUCUUAGUUUUUGCAUCUGUUCAGGACCAAGGGAAAUUGCUAGGAAAGAAGAAUUCAGUCUUUUGCCUGGAACUUGCUGAAAGAGCCUGGGGUGGUAGAGAGGAAAAAGCCCAGGGAAAGCUGAUGCUGUGAGGUGGGCCAUGGCAUUGCAGAUGGUGAGGACUGUCUCUGGGAUUGCUAGAACCACUAGGGCUGCAUUGCAGUAACAGAUGCCAAUGAGAUGCUGGAUUUUGUUGUGGCUGUUGGCUACCGAGAUACUGGCAAGCACUGAAUUCCUGGCUAUACCAAGGCACUAGGUCUUGCUGCUUGGGUUGGGGGAACGCUACCAGCAAGGCUAAGGCUGGGGUCACGUUGAAAGGUGAUUGGGAUUUGUGAUGAUAAAUGUAGAGCCAUAGUACAGUGUAACACUGUUGCAGCAAAUGCCCAUGGAGGCCUCAGCCAUCAGCUGGAGCUAGUGUGUGGAUAAGCGGCCAGACAGCACAGAGGUCUGAUGGGAGUUAGGGGGGAACCUAACUCAGCCUCAUGACUGAAGAAUAGAGACAGCAACGGGCGUUAAAGCAGCUUGAGGGCAGAGCCACUAGAAAAAUCCAGGGGGCUGAACCCCCCUGCUGCUGCACUCUUUGUUACUCAGGGGUUCUAGUACCACCAGCACUUCGGCAGGGGCCGUUUCCUGUGAAGGAGCGAGAGCAGGGACAGGUUGUUCUCUCUAGGAAGUGCCCUGUAAGGGCAUCACUCACUGGCAGGCAUUACAGCGCUGUUCCUUAGGCACCGACAGGACAGCUUUGGAAAGGCUUUCCUUGAUUCACAGAGCAGCUUUGCUCUUUCUUCUUUUUGAAAUACAAUUAAAAUAACUGUUGUUUUAAGCUGGUCUUGGCCUUUUCCCUCCCCCCACAGUUUUAGGAGAGGAUGGAGGUUGUGAGCUCUUUGUGGAAGGAGGGCUGGGAUCUCACGUUCUUCCCUCUUUAGGCAGUGACAUGCAGCCCCAGGGAGGGGGCUUGUAGUGGCAGGAGACGGGGCAGAGCUUAGUGGGGACUCAGGACUGGAAUAGCAGGGGGGAUGCAGGUCAGGACUGAGGUGUGUUGGCAAAGGCCUCUGAUCUUGAUUGCAAACUGCACAGCACUAUUUCAUGCCAGUGCUCCCUUGCACGUGGGAACUCUAGUAUUUACCACACCCACGGCCCCAGCUGGUACUUCUCCCGAGUUACCUGUACUGAGGCAGGGAAGUGAGCAAGGGGCCCCAGAGGCCAGUGCAGGACACAGAUGCAGCACAGACAAUGGCGACUAGCAGGAGACGCCCCUUCAGUUAGGACUUAGCAGGCACUAGCUCAGACCCUAGAUACAGUUCUAUGGUCCCACUACCCCCUGGGUUCUGACAACGGCUGCUGCCACUCUCAAAUCAGAUUAGAGACCGGUCAAGCCAGCCAAGAGAUGGGGGGUGGGCCUGGCCCCAGCUUCCAGAGGACUCCAGCUCCAUCCUCCAAAGGGAAAGUUACAACAUAGACUUAAGACAAAGCAAAAAGCUGACAACUUCUGUGCUUUGCCUGGGGGGCCCGCAGAGCACUAUCCAUGGGCUUGUUAAUGUUUCAUGAUUGAGGCUGGAAGGUGAAUGGGGCUCUUUCAGGGAGUCUUUGCAUGAGAUUCCUCGUCCUGCUGAUUCACUGCUCCACAAGGGCUUGCAGCUGAAUUUGCAAGUCACAGCCACCAACACGGCUAGGCCCAGGGGCUGCCUGCGUGAGCAAGCUGUGGCUAUGCGGGGACCGUGACUAACAGUCCAUAUGGUACCUUUCCUGCUAGGCUAGCAGGGCUUCCUUCGCCCCCUAAAUGCAGCUGAGAGGAUGGAGCCCGGCAGUGCCAGGCAGCAGCACAGCACAGCAGCUUGGGACACUGUCGCCCCUGGAGAUUGCAAAAGUGUUUUGUGCAGACAGAAUGUGAUUAGCCAUUGCAAAGUCAGUGUGGGCUUGGGGCUAACAUCCCUGCUCUUGCGAAACACCGGGGCACCUUUCGUUAUCACAUGAGCCAAGUGUGAAGCAAAAAUCAGCAGCAGCCUCCCCAGUGCCACGCUAGGGCAUUGGCUCUGCAUUCACGCUGGAGGAGUGUCAUCUACCACCUCACCAGUCCUCCCUAGUGACCAGCCCAGCUCUGCUUAGCAGGUGCAAGCCAAGAAGCUCACAACCCCAGUGGUCUGACUCCACAACUGCUGCAGGUUACUUGCACUCAUUACAAAGCCCUCCUGAAAAGCAAUUAACUUUAGUGUCAGGAAACUUUUUGGUCAGAUGGGCAGUAAGGAAGGUUUAGCUGGCAGGGCUCCUCUGGGGGUUACCUGAUCUGAGCUAUACCUCGCUGGGAAGGGACCUUCAGAAGAACAGCAGAGGCGGGACGUUACUGUGCUGUGGCUAGGAGCUGCUGCACUCAGGCUGCAGCUUGUCUUCUGCUGCUGGCCCCGGCUCUCCUGCCCAUAGGUAGUAGGCCAAGUUAGAAUGUAGAGCAGGCAGCCUUUCAGAAGCGGUGUGCUGAGUCUUCAUUCAUUCACUCGGAUUUAAGG